AUGGCCGAAUCCCAGUCAUUGGACGCUGUCGCCCCGCGGGACCACUGGACCGGAAUCGAGAACGGCAAGGCCGAGUGGGACUCUAUGCAGAUGCUCUCGAUACAGGAGGAGGAAAUGGUCUCUCUCUCGGCACCGGCUUCACCUCAAUCGCUCGGAUUCUCAAAAAGCCCCUCAAAUAGCCCCUCGACUGGAGCCGUGGCAUAUCCGAACUUGGCCGGUGCUGUUGUCGGGCCCGAGAGAUCGCGGGCAGCCCUGGCCAGGAUACCGCAGACAGCGAGACCACAUCCGUCUGAAGCCGCAACGGCACAGGCAUCGAUCACAACAUCAUUCUCGGGACGAUAUGCUGCCCCACAACAUCCAAGCGGACCAUUAACAAUCGCAGGCCACCCGUCAGUGCCGAUCAAGCGCACCAGAGAUACCGCUGCUGCUGGAGCCGGCACCUCUGUGGACAGCUCGGUCGAUGCGUCGAGCGACCGCCGAUCGAAGCGACGAAUCCGUCCUUGGCUGCAUCUACCUGCCGAGAUCGUUAUCGAGAUCAUGGCCCAUCUCUCCCCGGGCGAUCACAAGCGCUGCAGCCUCGUCUCGCUGCUCUGGCACAGCUGUGCGGCUCCAUUCCUGUGGCGACAUCCCCGGCUCGAGUCGCUCGUCCAGUUCACCCACUUUGCCGAUGCCAUCGAGGGCUUGAUCUUGACCAAGGAAAUCGGCUCUCCACCGCAGCGACGAGGGGCUCGGUCGGCCUCGGUCUUUGGCGAUGACUCCUGGCGGCUACGGAUUCGGUCGUCCUCGCCUGGGCCGCUCUCCCGAACCGCCUCCCGACUCGAGUCCAUGGCCAGCUCAACCCACCAACUUGUCCCCCAAAGGACCCCAGUCGCCAAGAGCAAGCGGAGCAGUCGCCUCUCCCCAGUCGGCCGGCUGGUAACUUCGCUGACUGUUGGCCUGCCGGCUCCGUCGACCGUCGACGGGCUGCGUCGGCCCUUGCCCGAGCUCUCGGUCCAGGCCCCACACGAACCGCCGGCCCAAUCGCUCUUCUGCGGCUCUCGACGGAUAACAGACUCGCACCUCAUUCCGCUCAUCGGGGCAUGCCCCAACCUCAAAUCCAUCGGCCUAUACCACUGUGCUCGGGUCACCGACGAAACCGUCGCCACCCUGGUCUCGUUCUGUCCCCAUAUCACCGAGAUCUGCCUCUCUGGCACCGCCAUCACCAACCACGCCCUCAGUCUCAUUGCCCGCAUCGGCGCUCGCCUCACCCAUCUGGCACUGCCCGGGCAUGUCGAUCUGUCGGAGCACGCCCUGCAAAUCCUCAUCCGGACCUGUCCCAAUCUUCGGUAUCUGGACCUGAGUGGCUGCUACCAAAUCUCAGAUGUUCUCAUCCAGGACCUGGCCUUCCACUCUCUGCACCUGCAUACUUUGCUUGUGGCAAAGUGCUACAAGCUCUCAGCGACAGUGCCCAAGAUCCUCUCUCGCCAUGCCAAACUCGAGGUCCUGGAUCUGUCUCACUGUCCGUCCGUGGCCCUGGCCGAAAACAUCGAACCGCCCCAGGACGACUCUGUGGAUCCGGCUAGCGAGCUGUACAUCUGGGUGAUCCACGGCUCGGCCACCACUUACUGCAAGUAUCGGGUCGUCAUGCAGCCGCGUCUGGGUCCGGCUGCCUAG